AUGAGUGUGAAAGACGGCUACUCCAGGCAUGUUGCAUGGAAAGGAAUCCUCGCAAAACCUGAGGAGUUCCAGUUCUCAAUCAUUGAUGGCCUGAUUUCUCGUCUGAAUGAUUCAAGCAAACCACAUCUUGUCCUCCCUGAAUCCAUUCAUCAAGGGGAGAGGAUUAUGGGCAUCAUGGUCAAGCACACACACAGAAUUCUUGGUCACCUCAGUGCCAAAAGGAUGCUCAAGUACUCUAUCACAGCCAGCCUCACUUCUCCUCCACUCAGUACCAUCCUCAACAAUCUCCCACAACAAGAUGCCACUCUAGCCCAAGCAAUAGCUGUGCUGUGCCAGUGUCCUUCCAACAACCUUAUCUAUUCCAGCUCUGCUACAGUACCAUUCGAAAAUGAAUUCUCUUGCACUAUAGAGGAUGAUGUAGAGGUAAUGUUAGAAGAGGUUUAUGAUCAUCUUGAUGGAAGACCUUUACCUGAUGGCCUUGCCAAGGUGGACAGUGUCACAAACCCACCUGGGGAAGAUCCAAUCGCUAUCCAGGCAGGUGUGUCUGAUGGAGCUUGUCAUGGCCCAGAAAUUCCCACAGUCAGGUGCUCACUCCCCACCCCUUCUCCCACCUCCGCUUCUACCCCAUCUACUCCGCUCCCUGCUCAACACUGCCUGGACGAGCCCAUCACCCUUCCCCAUCGUUGUUACCUUUUUCACAGCCCACAAUGGGCCUAUGUUCAUUCCUUAUUUACUCUUGUUUUCUUGACAGCCAUGCAAAGCUGUCCUUCUCCCAUGUUCUUUGUUUGUUUUUAUCCCUUCUUAAAGCCACCCACAAUCUCCAUGAGAUCUGGUGACUAA